AUGAAGAGGUGGAGCGGAGGGGUAGUCAUCGCCCUCCUCGCCGUCCUUCUCUUCGCGAGCUACGCCGCCUACACAGUCUUCAUCCCUGCCGCCCCCGCCCCCGCCCCCGUCGCCGCCGCCGCGUUCUUCCCCCAGAAGGAGCUCCGCGGCCAUCCCCAUCCCAGGAGAAGACCGCAUCUCCACCUCCAUCUCAGGGGGAUCGAUGAGCUCUUCCCUGCUCCGUCCAGCGGGAACGGAGAUGGGCCGGCGGCGGCGGCGGAGGCUGAAGCGGAAGCCGGGGGAGCCAAAAUGGCCUGGUUCCACAUGCGGGAUCUUCUCCCCCGCUCGGACGCCCUCCCUGAGACCGCCAACGGCGUUAGAGAGGCUGCCGUCGCCUGGAAGGACCUGGUGAGCUCCGUCGCGGCGGAGAGGGUCGCCGCCGCGGCCGCCAGCAGUGGAGGGCCGCCGUCGGAGCUCCCCCAGAGCUGCCCAUUCUCCGUCUGGGGGAACCAGACCAACGGCGUCCUUGCGAUUCCAUGUGGGCUCGUCCAGGAUUCCGGCAUCACAGUCGUUGGCGUCCCCACCGCCGCCGGCGGGUUUCAGAUCGAGCUUGUUGGCUCUGGGCCUCCCGGCGAUGACGACCGUCCGGUGGUUCUCCGCUACAGAGUGAGCUUCGGAGGAGGGGACGAAGGCCCUGGGAUCUCUCAGAACUCCUGGACUGCGAAAGGAGAAUGGGGAGCAGAGGAGAGAUGCCCUUCUCUCUCUUCUAGGGUCAAUCUUACCGGUGAUUGAUCAGCUCUUCUCCUGUCCCUUCUUCUUCCCCAUCCUGAUUUCCCUUGAAUGCUGAGCUUUCUGCUGCGAUCACUGUGCAGUCGAUGGGCUCCUUCGUUGUGGUGAGCUCGCCGGAGGGAUUCCGAGGAAUUCCAGCUCCAGCAGUCAUGGCGGCGAAGCCGGCGACAAAUCCAAAGGGAGCUCCUCCGUGAGCAUGAACUUUCCAUUUGUGGAAGGUCAUGCCUUCACUGCAACACUCUGGGCUGGCCUCCAGGGCUUCCACAUGACUGUAAAUGGGCAGCACGAAACAUCUUUCCCUUACAGGGAGGUAAGACUUGCAGGAUUAGGGUUUUUAGGGGCUUCUGAAGGUAGAAGAAGGUCAGCUCUCCCUGGUCAUACCCAAUGAGAUGUGCUCUCUGAAUGCAGGGACUGGAGCCAUGGGUGGUGAGUGAAGUCAGAGUUGCGGGUGACCUGGACCUCCUGUCACUGCUAGCAAAUGGGCUCCCUGCUCCCGAGGACGUUGACUUAAUUGCUGACAUCGACAAGCUUAAAGCUCCUCCAAUUCAGCAGAGUAGACUCCUCUUAUUUGUCGGCGUCUUCUCAACGGGAAACAACUUCAAGCGGCGCAUGGCGCUGAGGAGAUCCUGGAUGCAGUAUGAUGCUGUCCGUUCUGGAGAAGUCGCCGUGAGAUUCUUCACUGGUCUUGUGAGUAAACCCUCUGACUCAGAGCACUCUUACUGUAAAUAACUCUGAGAGAGGCAUGAUCUGGGCGUUGACUUCGCUGCACUGGUCUGCUCAUUUCGCCUACCAGUAGCUUGACAGUUAAUUCUUGUUGGAUGAGCAGAGAAGAUAGCUUCUUUGCUGAUUAUGUCGAUUUUUUUCCACUGGUCAACCGAUUUCUUCUGCUGUUAGUUUCGCUGCUAAAUCUCAGUGGCACCCUAAGUGCAAAAGCUACCUUCUUUCCACAGAAGUUAGCACCCUAAGGGGGUUUCGUUGACUUCUCUUUUUUCUGGUCAACUGAUGUCUACUAAUAGUAGUUUGACAGCUUAAGGCAUCUGCUGGCUCCUCUGUGGUCAAAGUUCACAGAAGCAGCUUUAUAAGUGCAUCAUCUUUAUUAUAUUUAGGAACAAUGUCUUAUUAUCCCGCAUGAAGAUAUGGGUUACAAUAUCUUUCCUUAUUUGGUAAUUUAAUCUCCAAUCCCGCAGGACAAGACUGGGCAAGUGAAUCUCGAGCUAUGGAAGGAAGCCCAAACUUAUGGGGACAUCCAGCUGAUGCCAUUUGUUGAUUACUACAGCUUGAUCACCUUGAAAACGAUCGCCAUCUGCAUCUUUGGGGUAUCUAUUCGAUUUUCUUUCGAGACAUUAUUAUUCCAUUAGUAUGGUUUGCCUGACUGAUGGUCCCAUCAUUAUGAUCUGGUUUAUUUAUAUAGAUGGAUAUAUAAAUGAGGGAGUAGUUAAUAAUGUUUCUGAUGGAGAUGCUGAUCCAGUAGAGAGAGAGAGAGAGAGAGAGAGAGAGAAAGAGAGGGUGGGGAGAGAGAGAGAGAGAGAAAGAGAGGGUGGGGAGAGAGAGAGAGGGAGAGAGAAAGAGAGAGAGAGAGGGAGAGGAGAGUGUGAGAGAGCGAGAGAGAGAGAGGGGAGAGAGAGAGAGAGAGAGAGAGAGAGAGAGAGAGAAAGAGAGGGUGGGGAGAGAGAGAGAGAGAGAAAGAGAGGGUGGGGAGAGAGAGAGAGGGAGAGAGAAAGAGAGAGAGAGAGGGAGAGGAGAGUGUGAGAGAGCGAGAGAGAGAGAGGGGAGAGGGAGAGAGAGAGAGAGAGAGAGAGAGAGAGAGAUAUAUCAUGUGGUUCAAAUAAAAAUGGCCCAUUUUUUGGUUUGCAGACCAAAAUUGUUCCUGCCAAGUACAUUAUGAAGACAGAUGACGACGCCUUUGUGAGGAUUGACGAGGUGAUUUCCAGUCUGAGAAAGAGCCGGCGCACGGGUCUCUUGUAUGGGCUCAUCUCCUUCGACUCCAACCCCCACCGAGACCAGGAAAGCAAGUGGUUCAUCAGCGAAGAGGUGGUGGUGCCUACUAGCUGGACCCUUCUCUUCUUUAGUCAACUGGGUUUGACUUUCCGAGCCUCUUGACCUUCAGGAGUGGCCGGACGACUCGUACCCACCAUGGGCACACGGUCCAGGGUACAUCAUCUCCCAAGACAUUGCCGAAUUUGUGGUCAACGGCCACCAGGGGCUCUCUCUCCAAGUAAGUAAGAUUGACCACUCAGAUUUCCCAUGUUCUUCAUUCGGAUUUCUUUCCAAUUUUGUGAUUUCUUUCCAAUUCAGAAAAAAUCGACAUUUUAAGUCUUGUUCUAUUUACUAUAAAUAGAAAUUCGGGUUUAAAACAUAAUUUAAACUGAAAAACGUGUGAGCUAACAAGAUGGAUCAGAUUUCUGAUCUUCGCUGACCGGGUCGCCGCCGUCGCAGAUGUUCAAGCUGGAGGACGUGGCGAUGGGCAUCUGGAUCGAGGAGUUUAAGAACGCCGGGGGAGAAGUGGCCUACGUCAACGACGACAGGUUCAACAACGCUGGCUGCGAGGACGGCUAUGUGCUGGCCCACUACCAGUCCCCGAGGCUGAUGCUGUGCCUCUGGGAGAGGCUGCGGGCCGAGCCCGAUCCCAAGUCCGGGCCCGAGGCCGAGUUCGAGCCGACCUGCUGCGAGUAG